GCAUGCGGCAAGUUUUCCAAAUCCCAGUUUGGAAACAUGUUAAUGGAGUUUUGGCUUCCCUGUGAGGCGUCUAUUCAUUCAAAUCCAAGCUUUUCAUCAAUGGCGUCCCUUCACUCUUCCUUAAAUACCCUUCUUUCAAACCCCACUCUUUCACAAACCCUCUCUUCCAAACCCUAAUCCCAAAAAAUUCAUUCAACACUCCGAAAAAAUGGCUUCCCCGUCCCCGUCUCCGUCUUCGUCCUCGUUCUCGUCCUCCGAGUUUUACACCGUAACUCAGGAGGAAUUCAUCACGUUCCACACCAUCGACCGGACCCUGUUCUCUCGGAUGGUGUACACACUUGGGCGCGAUUCCGACGAGUCGGUUCGCGUCAUGGGGCUCUGGCUUUGGCUCGAGCAGAACGGCGAAGAGUUCAAUUUGGUCCACAAAAUGCUGUCGUUACCUGACGCGCUCGUCGACGCUCUGUCGGACGAGGCCGUCAUGUCGUUGGCGUGCAUAGAAAACGACAAAUUCCCCUUCGAACCGGAGUCGUCGCCGUCGGUCGACAUUCCGCUCAUUCAGCACGUUUCGAAAACCCCGGUUUCCCUCCGGUUCUUCCACGAGAACCGCCUCAGAAUCCUACGUGGCGUCUCCAAGAUCAUCAACGAUAUUUGCCUCCGCGCCUUUCACGACAUUCUCCAGAAUCUCGAGACCCAGCGCGUGCUCCCACGCGCCCCGUUGUACUUCGGCGCGGCGCCGGCGGCGGGUCAGUUCGUUGUGCCGAGCUUUGGGUUUGUGGGUCCGUCGGCGGCGAUUAGGAGCGUGGGCGGGGAGCACCGGCGCGUGAUCUUGAACGGCGAAGUGAGUGACGUGUUCAGGCGCUUACAGCUGAAGAGUGGGAAGGAAGGAGAAAAAGAAGAGGAAUCGGUUCCGGCGGAGGAGAGGACAAUUUUUCUUACGUUCUCCAAAGGAUACCCAAUCUCAGAAGACGAAGUUAGAGACUAUUUUGCCAGAAGAUAUGGGAAUUUCAUAGAGAGCAUUCACAUGCAAGAGGUGCAGCCGCCGGAGCAGCCGCUGUACGCGCGGCUCGUGGUGAAGACCGAGCCAUCAAUAGACAUCGUGCUCGAGUCCAGAACCAAGGCAAAGUUUUCCAUCAACGGCAAGCACGUCUGGGCUCGAAAAUAUGUCCGCAAAAACAGCAACUCACGGUCGUCGCCGCUCCGGCCAUCUCCGCCGCCGUCUCCGCCGCUCGAUGGGAUUAGGCCUUUCAACUUCCCGCCGCAGACGCCGCCCGCACCUUAAAAGUCUCCGGCCAUCUGAUCAUACGUGGCGUUUGUGCGUUGG